GGUGCCCCUCUCUCUCUCUCUCUACACCGACGCCAUUGCCAUUUCUCCUCCUCCUCCGCCCCUUCUCCCUCAGCUUCUCCCCCACCAUUCCCUUCUCCCUCUCAUCCCUAAUGCCCGCCUUCUAGCUCAACACUCAUCCACUCUCCCUCUCCAUCUCUCUCUGAGGCGUUCUCUCCCAUCUCUGUCUCUGUGUCUGUUGCCGCGGAAUAAGCUGUGCAAUGGAGUCGAACGAGUCCUCCUACGUGUCCUCGCCGGAGCUCCAGCCCAAGCGCUCCUCCCCCCAGCCCAAAUCUCCCACCUCAGAUUCUAUGGAGAAGCCCACGUAUAUUAGGUUCCUUGUGUCAAAUGCUGCAGCAGGAUCUGUCAUUGGAAAGGGCGGUUCAACCAUUACUGACUUUCAGUCGCAGUCAGGAGCACGUAUCCAGCUCUCCCGCAAUCAUGAAUUCUUUCCAGGGACGUCUGAUAGAAUUAUCAUGAUAUCUGGUUCUAUAGAUGACAUACUCAAGGCAGUGGAGCUGGUGCUCUCUAAAUUGAUGACUGAGAUACCUGCUGAAGAGGGUAAUGAGGUCGAUCCGAGAUCAAAAGUGAGGUUAAUCGUUCCGAAUAGCUUCUGUGGUGGUAUAAUUGGCAAGGCAGGAGCUACAAUAAAGUCAUUCAUUGAAGAAUCCCAAGCUGGCAUCAAAAUAUCUUCUCAGGAUAAUAAUUAUUAUGGGUUGAAUGAUAGGCUAGUGACAGUGACUGGCACUUUAGAUGAGCAAAUGCGGGCAAUUGACUUGAUUCUCUCAAAGUUAUCCGAAGACCCGCACUACCCCCAGUCCAUGAAUGCACCAUUUUCAUAUGCAGGUGUUUACUUCUCCAGUUUUCAUGGUAUUCCAUAUACAUAUGAGCUUCCUUCUGUUGCAACAGCCGCAUAUAAUACAGUCAACUAUGGACCAACUGGAGGUGGGGCAAAAUAUCCGAAUGUCAAGGAAGAUCGAAGCAACUCAAUGACUAUCGGCAUUGCUGAUGACCGUAUUGGGUUAGUUGUCGGCCGAGGUGGAAGGAACAUUAUGGAGAUCAGUCAGGCUAGUGGGGCCAGGAUAAAGAUUUCGGAUAGAGGUGAUUACAUGUCUGGGACAACUGAUAGGAAAGUCACCAUCACGGGUUCACAGAGAGCUAUCCGAGCGGCUGAAUCCAUGAUAAGGCAGAAGGUAGCAUAUGAUGCGGAGAAUUAGCGUGUUUAACUAUUUCGAGUCGGUUUCGCUGGACCUUUAUAUGUCUUGUGGAUCUUCCUGCAAUGUGCUGCAAAUUCUUUCUUCGUUUUCUUUCUUCGCUUAUAAAUCUGUGAGACCACAUCUCUUUUUGCUCAAUUGGUUGCUGGAAAUCCGUCAAGUUGAGGCUAGGCUGGGAACUUGGGUGUUUUCUUUUUCGGGGUUAUUUGUCAAGGGGAGAGCUGAGCGGCUUAUAGGAUGGGACACAGUUUAUCCGAGGGAACUGUGUUAGGGAUAUUCACCGACUGUUGCUUUUGUUUUUCGAUUUAGUCUUUUGCUUCGGAUAGUAUAACUGUAUCUGUUUACUGGAAGCUACAGGUGAUGCAUUUUGAUUAUCUGAUGCAUUUUUUCGAAUCUUCAUA